UGGGCGCAUUGGAGGGAGCCAGUAGUCAAAGAAGUGUGUGCUUCGCUCGGAGGCAAGAGGGAUCGGUAGGGCUACCAUGGCCGCGCCGUGGGACGACGUGGGGAGGGCCGGCAAUCUGCUGCAGCUGCUGGGCGUCGACGCGUUUGGGCUGGCCUCCAUGAUCACGCAGGCCGCGCUCACGGCGCGCCGGAACCGCGACGCGUGCCUGCAGCUGGCGGAGCACGUGCGCGUCGUGGAAGGCCUGCUGCGGAGGCUUCAGAUGCUGCCCCGCCUGAGGCAGCACCCCGAGACGCGGCGCCCGCUGGAGCAGCUCGACGACGCGCUGCGCCGCGCGUACCUGCUCGUGAGGUCCUGCAGCCAGGAGCAGGCUGCGAGGAGCUACCUCUACCAGCUGCUCACGGGCGCCCAAACUGCCGCGAAGCUGCGCGCCGCCGAGGAGGAGAUCGACCGCUACAUCCGCCUCAUGCCCAUGAUCGGUCUCGUCGCCACCGUCCGUGUGGAGGGCCCUGAGGAGGUGCUUGAGUUAGAUAGCGAGGAUUCAACCCCACCCCCAAGUCCGCGUUUAUCGCUUGAAGAAGCUCCUGGAUCUACUGCUAUUCUGGUGCCGACACCAACAGGUGAUGUUCCGUUACCUGGUAUUGAGGGAUUUGAAAUAGUUGGUGAACCUAAACUGGGGUUUACGUUGAGAGCAUGUGGUUUUACUAUAAAUGGUACUACUCUCUGCAAUUUCCAGUGGGUUCGAUAUCUUAAUGAUGGCACCAGGCAAUCUAUUGAAGGUGCUACAAUCUAUGACUACGUGGUUACGGCAGAUGACUUUGACACUGUUCUUGCUGUGGAAUGCACCCCUAUGGAUGAUAAUGAUCUCCAGGGUGAGCUUUUGAGGACAUUCGUAAACGGAAUGAACAAGAUAGCCUGUGAUUCAGAUAUGCAGAGUGAGGUCGAUGUGUGUAUUUCUAACGAGACAGCUCUAUUUAAUGUUUUUAUACUGAGAGAAUUUUCUGGUGAUAAAUGGGAACCAGCAACAGUGAUGCUUAGGAGAACUGGCUACCAGAUUAUACUUGAAAGCACAGAUGAAGUCGUAAUUGAAGAGGAAUAUUCACGAACUCUUCAGACAAAAGUUCCUAAUGGACGCUCUACUCAAUUUGUUCUAGUAAGUUCUGGCGGUGUUAGGCUACUACCAUUCAACACAUCUGGAAAAACAGGGCCGGAUAAUGAAGAUCGUGAUAUUAGGUUACGCGAUUUAAUCGUGCUGGUUAUGAGAACGUUCCAGAAAAAGGCACUCACAUUGGAUGCUGAAGAGGAAGGCAAGUCUUAGAUCCUGCGUGGAAGAAGCUUCGCUCUUUCAGCAGUGUUCGCCUUUUGUUUUUGAAGAGCAAGGAGCGAUUCAAUUAGGAGUGGCAUCAAACCUCGCAGGCAAUGAGGGACAUUGUUGAUUAUGAGCCACUGCUUGCUGAAACCAGCCUGUUGUAAUAUAUGCAAAUGUUGCUCCGGAGUGCACGCUGGAGCAGCUAUCACUAUCAGCAUACUUUGUUCAUUUCGUUAGUUUUGAGCAAUAUUCAGUAGGUGACGUUCUCCUUUUCUUUUGAAAAGUUAGUAGAAGUUCCUUGUGAGAUAGAAGUAGUAAAAGUUAGUAGAACUCCAUUUGUUACACUGUCCUCCUGCUAGUAGGAAAUAAAAGUUAGUAGAACUCCAUUUGUUA